AUGUGUGUGCGCUAUCAUGCGGGCAUGACACCAGCUGCGCGGCGGAAAUCUCAUGAAAAUUUUGUGAAGGAUCGUGUAACAACAAUGAUUGCAACAGUCGCUUUCGGGAUGGGAAUCGAUAAACCCGAUGUUCGUAACGUCAUCCAUUAUGGGGCACCGAGAAAUAUCGAGAGUUAUUACCAGGAAAUUGGACGAGCAGGUCGUGAUGGAUGCCCAAGCAAGUGCGUUGUAUUUUACAACAAUCAAGAAAUAGCCAAACAUAGGUAA